CCCGUGCGGUGCCGGCGGGCGCUGCCCGGCCCCGCGGCGCCGCUGCCGCCGAUGCUAUGCCAAAGCCAGAGGUGUCCGCAUCCUACCAGGAGAAAUUCCAACAAUUGCAAGUUGAGAGCAUGUUUGGAAAUUGAACCACUGUUUUAACUACACAGCUGAGUGAAGAUGUGGAGCGAGUAUGUGAAAAUCCAACAGAGGAGAGAGAAGGAGAGAUGGAAGUUCAUGAAGAUUCCAGCUCUGUUAUUUUACCAGAUGGUGAACUGGGUACCACUACCCCUUCUUUGCGUUUCAGCAAGACCUGCCUAAAGAAUGUUUUUUCAGUAAUUCUCCUGUUUAUUUAUCUGCUGCUGAUGGCUGUAGCUGUGUUCCUUGUCUACCAAACCAUCAGUGACUUCAGGGAGAAGCUCAAGCACCCAGUGAUGUCUGUCACUUACAAGGAAGUGUCCUUGUAUGAUGCACCCGGUAUUGCCUUUUACCCAGGCAAGGCUCGGCUGCUGAGCUGCAAACAUCAUUACUACGAUCACAUUCCACCGCUGAUAAAUCCAGGUCAGCCAGGAGACAUUGAAUGCACCACUCAGAGGAUCAACUACACAGAUCCUUUUACUAAUCAAACUAUGAAGUAUGCUUUGGUUGUUCAAGGCCCUCGUGAUGUGAAGAAAAGGGAACUGGUGUUUUUGCAGUUCCAUUUAAACGAAACAGACCAAGAUUUUAGUGCCAUUGACUACCUGCUGUUUUCUUCUUUCCAAGAGUUCGUCAGCAGUCCAGAAAAAGCAAAAUUCAUGAAGGACUGUGAAAGUUCAUACUCCAGCUGGAAGUUUUCUGCGGGCUUCCGAACUUGGGUCAAGAUGUCCUUGGUCAAAACGAAAGAAGAAGAUGGUAGUGAGACUGUUGAAUUCAAACAAGAGACCAGUGUGGUUAACUACAUCGACCAGAGAACUAAACCAAGGAGUGACCAGCUGUUCUUUGUGGUGUUUGAAUGGAAAGAUCCUUUCAUACAGACUGUUCAGGACAUUAUCACAGCAAAUCCCUGGAACAUGAUUGCUCUCCUUUGUGGUAUCUUCCUGGCCCUGUUUAAGGCAGCAGACUUUGCUAAAUUAAGUGUUAAGUGGAUGAUCAAAAUCCGAAGGCGGCAUCUGAAGAGGACUCGUCAAGUAACGAACCACAUAAGCUGAGGCUAAGGCUGCCUUUUAACUGUUCAUAGCAGGAGGGAUAGAAAAUAACUGGGAUAAACUGCAAUCAGCAAUUAAAGCUGAAAACAGGUAUGUUUUCUUCCAGAGAGAUGCUGGCUGGAGGAACAGCCUUGGAACUGCAGAAGGAGCUAACUCUAGGACAGGUCUAACAAACUCACGCUUUUCUAGUCCAAGUUUAACAAGUUUACCUCAGUGUAUGGGGGAACCAGGGGGAAAGGAGGGAACUCACUAAUGUUCAGGAAGUCAUCAGUAAAUUGUGAGAAAGUGGACAGUGUUUAAAUGUUUCUCCAACAGACCCUUUAGUUUCUGCAUCAGCUGUGAGCUGCUCCCGUAGCACAGUCACUGCCUUGGUGGUGCUUAGUGGAAGGUAAAGGACUCUGAAAACAUCCUGGCCUCUCUUCUCCAAAGCAUGUUUUAAAACAAAAUACACUGGAAUUCUAUUACAUGUCAUCUUUAAAUCAAAGUACAAUGACUUUAACAUUAAAAAAAAUACUUCAAGUAA